AUGGGGAAGAUAGGAACGGAGCGAAACCAGAGUGAAGGAGAAUCUUCAGCAAAUUGGACUUUAGGAAACCCACCUUACACAACCGCAAUUGACGAUACCGGCUCCUCAUAUUCUCCUUACCUACCACCAGUACUUGAAGAGCCUUCUUCUUCAUUUUCUGAGGCUGCAGAUGAUGAUCCAUUACCAGCAGUAGAGAACCUUCAAAUAUCAGGUGAAGCUUUUCCAGGGCGGGAAAUCCAGGCAAAUGGAUUUUCUAUUAAUGGAACAAGAAGUUGUAACUUUGAGUGGGUACGGCACAAAGAUGGAUCUGUUAAUUACAUCGAUGGAGCAAAGCAACCAAACUAUCCUGUCACAGCCGAUGAUGUUGAUACAUACCUGGCUAUUGAAGUGCAGCCUCUGGAUAACAGGAAGCGCAAGGGAAAGCUUGUAAAGGUUUUUGCCAAUGAGCAUAAAAAGAUCACUUGUGAUUCUGAAAUGCAAAACCACAUAGAGAAGACUAUUUUUGGUGGUCAAGCUUCAUAUAAAGUAUUCCUGUCAGUAUGGUAUCUUGAUAUAUGGGAACCAGCUUCAUUGGCAAUUAAGAAGGAAGGUUACAGUAUCAAGUGUGCUGAACCAAGUGGCAUUGUAGUCACUGAAAAGUUUUCACCAACCUCAAGUGUUGCAAUUCAUUAUGGAAAUCCUACAGAAUUUUUGAUAACUGGUUCUGGAGGUGCUGAGCAUCUCUUACGAGCAGAUAACAACUUGAUUGACAUUAGCUGUUCUAGAGAUACGAUUGUGCUCACCUUGAGAUUUUUCAUCCGAAGGUUUCUUGAGAAGAGGAAAGGAAUGAAGAAGGGUUUAUUCUUUAACAAAUAAGGUCCAUCAUGUUCUAUAGCAAAAUCCAACUUCGAAAGAGGACCUGCUUUUGUGGCUGUCCGUUUACACAGUUGUGGAUCAGGGUUGCUGAGUACGUUUCCAGGUUGGGUUUGUGUGGUAUUUUCAGCAUCACAAUGGACACGUGUCAGUUUUCUAUUGGGUGUGAUGUGGCUAACUAAUGGAAUCUGUUAUCGUAGUAAAUAGAAAAUUGGUCCAGAGAGUGAUUUGUAAUUAUUGUUUACCACGAGGACCUCAUUAACUUUUUAAACCACAGAUAGAAAAAUAAUUAUGGCCAACCCCAGGGACUAACGGUUCAAUUAUCUCAAAUAAAAAAAACUUUUGUAGCCUAAACAAUUAUUUCUACAUCACUGACGUAAGUUUACACCAAGACACAUAAAGUGUAGGAUCCAUACAUAUAGGAGCCACAUGUAUAAAAUUCACACAUAUGGGUUCCACAGUUUGCGCGUCUUGGUGUUAAGUUGAUAUACACCAAUAUGAUAUGGUAUGAUGAUGGAAAAAAAUCAUUACCCCUCUUUGUAAAUCAGAUGGGAAUUUCGUAUCACUGUGGCAUAUUAUUCAAAAGCAAAUCCGAUGGGAAUUU